AUGCUCAUUCCAUCCAACGGCUCACAUUUCUUCUCUCUUUCUCUCUCCUUCAAAAAAAAUGAUCCCAAAGGCAAAACGCAUUCUGGCUGAAAUUCUCUGCUUCUUCUUCGUCACUGCCCUUCACUGAUUCCUCUUUCAUUUCGUUUUUUUCUCUUCCAAAAUCUUAGGUUUUGAUCUGUCACUUUGAUCUUUGACUUCCAAUUUGUUUGAUUCAAACGUUGUUGCGGUCAACUCUGGUAAAAGUAAUUGUUUUUGUGCUGGUGAGGUUCCAGUUUUAAGAUCUGUAUAGUAAAGUUUGUUUCUUUUUUGAAAAACAAAGGUUUUUGGGUUUGUCUUAUCUGAUAAUCUGGAGUGGAGCUAAGUCAAGAUGCCGUGGGUUUCCUUGUUUGUGGAUCACAAAAGAAAUUGUGUUCGCUUGGUGGUGUUUUUUCGUGUGAUUCUGUAAAUUAUUUUGCUCAGUCCCAUUAGGUUGCAAAGGAACUCUUUUUUAGUUUUUCUCCAUUUCAUUUCCAAAGCUGUUGGGGGAUUUGAGGAUGUACUUUGCCAUAACAAUAAAGAGAUACCGAGCUGUGAAGGAAGUUGGACAAAUUAAAAUGAGUGUUGGAGUCAUUGCGUACAACCAAUUGAUGCUUGUUUGCCAGGCUGAGUAUUUUCGUCAGUUGCUAAAACCUGUUACGUAGUCUAGCUUUGAGGGACAUUGGUUUGGGGGUGGGGAUUGCCUUGUAUUGUACUUCAUCAUUAAAAAGCUCCAGAGAGAUGAAGUUUUAGUUUGGAAAAGUUGCCAUUUGAUGUUAGAUGGAAAUUGGAAUCACCUUAGCACCUGCUGUUUAGUUUUAACAUUCCUUUAGGAACUUCCUUCCAGCUUUAGUACAGAAUAAUUGCCAGUUGCAUAGGCUAAAUCAGCAUUGCUUGUUGAAAUUCAGUCAGAUUGAACAGAUAAUAUAAUGCAGACUCAGGAAUAUUUUCUCCCGGAGAAGAUGGUACUUCCUUUGGCAGAUGACUCCAUUGAUGCUAAUGCUCAUAUGCAUGCUCCACUUGCUUCUGCCUUUGAUGCUUUUUUACCUCCAGCUGUGGGGCAGAUAACACCCUUUGAAAGAUUUAAAUUGCAACCCUCUGAGGCAUGCCCCAAGAAUUUUGUUAUCUUUGAUCAAACAGAUCAGCGAAGUAGGAUUAUGUUCAAUCCUGCAAUGACCUACAAAUUUAAUAGUCCUGGCUUAAAUGUUCAUGCUAAUUUUUCUCAAGAUUUUGAGAAGAAUAAAGUCAAUCAAAUGGAAAGAGAAUUGUCAUCUCCUUUUGAAGAAGAUCCUAAUGACAUUGAUGCAUUGUUGAGCAUAGGAGCUGAUGAACUAGAAGACUUUGAUGAGGAAGAAAUAAGCACAGCAAGGACUCAUGAAAAUUAUGAAAAUUUAUCUGAUACUUGCUCCAGUUAUUGCUCAAAAUCAAGGAAGAAGAGGCUGUCAUCAUCUUCUGUACACAAGUCUUCUGAGGCUAAUGAUGGGAAUAACAGGGAGAUAAAGAGGAUGGUGAGGAUGUUGAGAAAGAUCGUGCCUGGUGGAGGUAAUCAAAUGGAUUCUGUUACUGUUUUAGAUGAAGCUGUCAAGUACCUAAAGUCUCUCAAAGUUGAGGUGGAACAAUUUGGAGUUGAACCAUGAAGAUGUGAGAUGCUGCUGCAACAAUUGACUAUUUCUCCAACCUUGUUUGUUACUACCCUCUCGCACCAUCCAAGUUAUGACAACAGGUCUUGCAAUCUGAGUAAUAAAUUAUGACUGACAUUUUACUGAUUUAGGUCAUGUAAGAAAAUACUAUAAAUAAUUGUACUUUUAGGUUGAGCUUUACUGUGUUGCUAUGCUGGCCUAAAACUCAAUUUUAUUUAUGCAUGCUUCUAUGUUAUGAAUGUACCAUAAAUAUAUAUGGCUCAAGGUAAAUGCUUCUGGUACCCUUGUCACAA